GUGGCUUGGAUGGUUUCAGUUGAUCUUUCUCCUAAUUUCUUCCUAGUUUGCAGUUUGGUGAUGGCUUCAGCUCCGGGCAUUGUGUCAUUGGUGCCAGAAUGGUCUCCUACUCUUCUCUCUGCAUUUACUGGCGGUGGCCUAAAGGACUGAGAAAGGCACAACUAGUAUCUGUCCUUUGUGCUGGGUUUUUAAUCCAGCUAUCCCUAGGCUCACUGUACACAUAUGGUAACCUUGCUCCUUAUAUAGUGUCCUAUGUGAGGGAGAGAUCACACCCUACUUCAUUGCGAUACACUGAUGCUACGUUUGUCUUUGCCUCUCAGAUAGCAGGCCAGGGUCUUAGCAUGGCUUUCGGCGGGUUCCUAGAGAAAAGGUUUGGUCCCAGGCUCGUGUCUUUGUUUGGCGGUUGGUUCAUGAGUUUAGGUGUACUCCUCACGUACUUUUCAAUUCAAAAGUCUUUCUGGCUCCUCCUCCUGACGUAUGGUUUCAUGUUUGGACUGGGUAUUGGUAUUGCAUACAUUGGUCCCAUAUCCUGUGCCAUGAGGUGGCUGCCUAAAUGGAAAGGGAUUGCCACUGGAAUUGUAGUGUCUGGAUUUGGUCUGAGUGCCCUAUUCUUUGAUACAAUAGAGUCGGAGUACAUUAAUCCACACAAUAAGAAUCCUGAUGUAGCUCCUUUUAAAGACUACCCCAAAGAGAAAUACUUUUCUCAACCGGAUGUCAUCGAUCGCGUUCCAUCUGUGUUUUUGGUCCUUGGUAGUCUCUUUGCAUUCAUACAAAUUUUGGGAGCAAUUUUUCUUGUUAAUCCUGCACCUUCUGAUGACAUAGUUGUUGAAUAUCAUCAAUCUGCUAAUUGUGAAGAGAAAAGCUCAUUUGUUAAGGAUAAUUCAAAAGAGCAAAAAGAAAGCAAAGAAAUACUUGCAUCACCAAUUGAAGACUCUGCUCCAAAAACAGCAGACAAAUAUUCAAACAAAAUGACCAAGACUGAUGACACAUGUGAAAAGAAUAAUGACAAGGGAGCAGAUUCAAGUCCUGAUUCCUUUAAGGCUAAUGUCAUUAGUUUAUUUAAGAGGCCAGAGUUCUAUGUGCUUUGGCUAAUGUUCUUCUGUAUUGGCAUAAUCUGCACUUUCACUGCUUCUCUAUACAAAAGCUUUGGAUUUGAGAUUGUUACAUCUGAUGACACUUUGCUUUCUCUAAUGGGAGCAAUCGCUGCAAUUUUUAACUGCCUUGGACGAAUUAUCUGGGGCCUUACUGCAGACCUGACGGAUUACAAUUUUGCUUUUGUCCUUCAAGGAAGCCUAAUGAUCUUUCUCAUCUCCAAUCUCUUUUCUGCUGGUUUUGCUGGUAAGGGGAUGUUCUUUGUCUGGGUCUGUGCCAUUUUCUUUUGCAUUGGUGGCUAUUUCUCUCUCUUUCCAAGCAUCUCUACAUCUUUAUUUGGUUCCAAGUAUUCAAGUAUGAAUUAUGGGUUUCUGUUCACUGCUAAUGCCGUUGGAAGUCUGACAGGUGCUUUUAUAUCUCAAUGGCUUGUGAGACUUUUGGAGUGGUAUGGUGUCUUCUUUCUGUUAUCUGGCAUACAUGGUACUCAGCUAGCUUUGUCAUUCUUUCUGUGCUAUAUCAUGCAGCAAAGAAAGAAAAAAUGAAACUUUUUUCAAGGACAUUUAUUUUUAAUUGUAGUUUUAUCAUUGCAUUGCUUUUUUGCUGCUUGCAUUAUAAAAAUUGAGGUGGAGCUCAUUAACUUUAGAGGU